GAAGUUAUAUCAUCCUACGUCAUUAAAUUCCAUGCGCUUGUCAGCGAAUUGAUUCAAGUAAUUUCGGGAAAGUAUUUUUGUUCUUUCAUUACAGAUUAAAAUUUCAUUUCGCUUCCCACGGUCGAAUUGAACGACGUUGACUAAACAACGUCUAAUUUUUAUUUGAAAAUUUUUAGUUGUCGAAUCCCGUGCGAAAUAUGAAAAUUUGGACAAGUGAACACAUAUUCAAUCAUCCUUGGGAAACUGUAGCUACAGCAGCUUGGAGAAAAUAUCCAAAUCCUCACAAUCCUGCAGUUAUAGGUACAGAUGUAAUAGAAAGAAAAGUCGUUGAUGGAGUUCUACAUACACAAAGACUAGUUAGUUCGGUGUGGUAUUUCCCAAAAUGGGCCCAAGCAUUAAUCGGCUCAGCAAAGGUCUGUUACGCAGCCGAACACUCCGAAGUGAACCCACAUAACAGACACAUGAUUUUAAAAACUAUUAAUUUAACUUUUUGUCGUCAUAUCGCAGUGAAUGAGACACUAAAAUAUAUACCACAUCCUGCUGAUCCCAGCAAAACACUACUGAAACAAGAAGCUACUGUAACAGUACAAGGUGUACCGUUAACUAAUUAUAUGGAAGAUAUGUUAACAAAAAGAAUCUCAAACAAUGCUGGUAAAGGAAGACAAGCCAUGGAAUGGGUGAUCAACAAAAUCAAUGAAGAAGUAAAGGAUUUUACAGAAAGUGCAGAUGAAAUCCUACACCACACAAAGAAAUCUUUGGAUGAUUUGACGUUUAGUGCAAAAAAGUCAAUGGACGAUAUUUCACAGAAGGCAAAAAGAAGUUGGGAGGACAUGCCCCACCUGAAGAUUAACAGUAACUUUUCUGAAUGUUAACUAAACACUCGAACUAGGCAAUUGAUUUAUUGGAAUGAAAGUAUUACGUUAUUUAUUGAACAGACUAUUUUGCAUUGAUACGCUCUGUUGGCAUUUAAGAGUUUUGAACAAUAAAUGAUACAGAUUUUGAUGAGUAAAUGAGGUUGUUUAGUCGGUAGGACUAAGAGAAAAUGUGCUGUUGAUUAUUUAUUUACUUUUUUUACAUUCCUCAGGUGGAUAUGUACAUUGCUGUGUUGUUUUAAUGAAGAUGUCUUUGGUUUAACUGUACUAAAAUUUAAAAGUUUGUAUGUUUUAAUGCAACAAAAUAAUUUUAAAUUGAAAUAAAGUAUUAAAUUAAAUGA